UCCACGGCUGGUCUGGAUCCGUCGCGCAAGUAAUGAGAUAGGCAAAGUGAUGGGUAGCUGCAUGUGAACAUUUUUGUUAUUCUGACCACGGUUGUGAGUUUGAAGUGAAACAACUCACACCAAAAACAUGUCUCUGGCUUUAUCGCACUGUUUCUGCAGGAUGUUAUUCCGACAGACUGCUCCGUCAAGCUUCCUGCCGAGAGAACAUCACCAUAUUGUAUUGAGUCCUUGGUUUGCGCCAGUGAUGACCCUGAAGACAUCUGCUCCACUGAGAGCGGAGCCCAAAAAGAAGAAGAAAGCAGAUCCAAGAAGGGAGCUGCAAUUGAGAGAGAGAUUGAAAAAAAGGCUGAAGAAGCUGGAGAAGGUUCCUUCUCAGUUUAUCCCCAUAGAGGACUUCAUCACUCCAGCUAAAUGCCUUGAUGAAACAAGGGAACGCUCUACACCAAAGCUGUCAUUUGAAGAAAGUGAGGGUCGAGCCCUGCUGCUGAAGGAGUGGAGUCGAUACAAAAAGAAGCAGCACAUGGCUGAAGUGCAGGCUAUUGAACUUGCUUUGAAAGCACAGAGGGAGGCACUGGAGGAGCUGAAGCUGGAGUCUGAGGAGCUGUACCAGGCAGCACUAAUGCAAGACCCCCUUCUGUUUCCCUUCACUCAUGAAGGUCCUGCCUACACACCACCCAAGACAGAUUAUGAAGCUCCUGAUGGAAAAUUCAAUGACAUCACUAAAGUUUACACACAGUAAUGGACACAAACGGUUAUGAGGGCAGCCUGGGUGUAUUUUUUGUGUGUGUGUGUCACUGCCUCUACGUCAUUCAAUAAGCCAAGAUACAGUCAUCAAGAGCUGGUGUAGAUGGGAAGUACACUGUACAGGUUUGGUUUUUUAUUUUGUUUUCUUGAAUUGCCAUCAAGAGUAGGAGGCUUACAGUCCCCCGAGUUAAUUUAUGUAUCACAUGUAACAAUUCAUGGAAGUUCUGCAUUGAAUUGUUUCCACAUUCACACCUCUGUAUAAAACCGUCACACCUCUGCAUAAAACAUAAUGAAGGAAAACUGAAAAUGCAGUUUUUUUAACUGACCCAAUCCAAAUCAUCCUGGCCACUAAAUGCCACCAAAACAAUACAGUACAUAUGUUUAUAUAUAGCAGCUGUCAGUAAUGGCCAGCAUGUAGCUGUAAAGGAUUUUGUCCAUGAAAUGAAAUGCAGCAUAUGGUGGAUGUUCACUUUACUUUGCUUUAACAGCAGGUUCACUGUUAU